GUAAUGUAUCAUUUUACAUCGUAUAAAGAAUAUUAACGAUUCAGAAAAUAUCAAUGAUUUAAUAAUAUACGGAUGCAAUUUACUCAUUUGUAUCAGAUAUUGUACUGUUGUCUUGCUAAGAUAAAAACCUGAUUUUCUGAUAGCGUGCUAUUGCUGUCAUUAAGACCGCAUCAAUGUACUUCCGGGUCAAGGGUUACAAGCAUGGCCGCCCAACAGCUGCAGAAAGAGGUUUUUCUGGCAAGGAAGGAGCUGAAAAAUAUCAGGCAACAGAUAGAGACUCUGAAGCAUGUAGAGAAGAAAGAAGUUUUCAAAAUUCAAGAAAUGGUCCGUCAGAAAACCUGUCCCCAGGAACUCCUGCAUUUUGAAGAUGCUGCUGUUGAAAGACCCAAUAUACCAGAAGGUACAAUUAUGAGUACUCCAAUUGGACAUCUGGAGUCUUGCUUCAAGCACAAGGCUGGCACUCCGAGGCAGCCCACCAUUUGUGACCUGUCCAAGGCCAAGCUCACCAUCUCCAGAAGCAUAUUCAAUAACCCAGAGCACUCACUGGAGGGGAUUGAAAAGUUUUCACACAUAUGGAUCAUAUUUCUUUUCCACAUGAAUGAUGGAGAAGCAGUAAAGGCGAAGGUGAAGCCUCCGAGGCUGGAUGGAGUCAAAGUAGGUGUGUUUGCAACAAGGAGUCCACACAGACCAAACCCAAUUGGGCUAACAUUGGCAAAACUGGACAAAGUAGAAGGUGACACUUUACAUUUGUCAUGCAUAGAUAUACUCGAUGGAACGCCCAUCCUUGACAUCAAGCCCUACAUCCCUGUAUAUGACGGGGUGUCAACUGACUCAACAGCUUCUUCUGCUGAGGAGAAAGCAAAUUUUGGAUGUGUUGGACAGAACAUAGCUGAGAAAGAUAUCUCUGCAGAGGACACAGUCUAUGUCAGAACGAACCUCAGCUUCUCAGAACCACAUCAGAAAACUCCUUCUAAAGGCAAUUCAACUGAUGACACUUUAAAGGAUGAAAGCAAGGAUGUAACGUGGUACGAAGAGAACAGCAGGAGUGGAGAUGUUUCAACAUCAGAACAGGUCACUGUUGCCAGUUGGGUCACAUCUCCGCCUGUUCAAAAACUUCACGUUAGCUUCACCCACAAUGCUGAAGCAACACUUCAGAAAUUCCAUUCUAAAGGACAUGGCCAAGAUGUCUUCACCCUUAUUUCCUUCAAGGACGGUGAAGAAGUCAAGAAAGCCAUCUGUGACAUCCUUAGUGCGGACCCGAGGUCUCCCUACUUCAGGAACAAGUGUCAGGACCGGCUGUACUUCUUCACUGUCGACAACGUCCACGUGACAUGCUGGUUUGAUGGGAACCUUGCAGAGGUCAUUAGAGUUCAGCCAGUGUCAAUUGUUAGUUGUGCCCCUUUGGGUGGCCCUCAGUGAAGUGUACAAGGCAUCUAUCAUGCUUUGCCAAAAAACAGGUCCUUUUGUUUACAUAUGGCCUAUGAUAUAUAAUUGCCUUUUCUGAAUUCAUUGCAGUCAGAUAUUAUAUAAUUGAGGAAUAUUUCACAGGCUAGA